AUGGAAUUGGAGGUAAUGGGUGGAAGGUGUGGAGAUGGAAUUGGAGGUAGGGGUAGAAGUGUGAAUGCUGUUGUGGCUACCAUCAAGACUAAGUGCACCAUCCAAUUUGUUGGCUGGUGCCCUACUAGAUUCAAGUGUGGUAUCAACUAUCAGCCACCAACUGUUUUUCCUGGAGGUGAUCUUGCCAAGGUGCAACGGGCUGUAUAUGUUGGUGAGGGUAUGGAGGAAGGUGAGUUCAGUGAAGAACGUGAAGAUCUGACUGCUCUGGAAAAUAACUACGAGGCGGUUGGUGCUGAAUUAGAUGAAGGCGAAGAUGAUAAUCACGAGGAAUACUAA